AUGCCUGCCCCCAUGCCUGAACCCAUGCCUGCCCCCAUGCCUGAACCCAUGCCUGCCCCCAUGCCUGCACCCAUGCCUGCCCCCAUGCCUGCCCCCAUGCCUGCCCCCAUGCCUGCCCCCAUGCCUGCCCCCAUGCCUGUCCCCAUGCCUGCCCGCAUGCCUGCCCCCAUAAUAUCCGCAACCCCUCACCACCACCACCCCAUGUCUGCAAACUUCUUUCAAGUCUGCAUGCAACUUUCACACGGACCUGAACGGCCUGGCAACAUCUUUCACACGGACCUGAACGGUUUUCAGAUGGUGAGGAGGGAAACACUCGCCCGCAUUCCCCUGCAGGGCCACUUCUCCCCCAUUCCCGCCCUGGCGUUCCUCGCCCUGGCAUUCCUCGCCCUGGCGUUCCUGCAAGACCUCUCGGGCCUGUGCUUCUAUCUAUGGCUCCCCCCUCCCCUCACACCCCUCUGCCUGCCAACCCACGCCCUCUUCUACCCCAUGCCCUCCCUGGCCUUCCUGCAACACCCCUCGGGCCUGCGCUGCCAGUCUCAAGGUGAGCUCUUCUUCCCUGCACUUGCUUUCACCCCACGGCUCCCCCCUCCCCUCACACCCCUCUGCCUGCCAACCCACGCCCACUUCUACCCCAUGCCCGCCCUGGCCUUCCUGCACACCCCUCGAGCCCGGGCUUCUCUGCUCACACUCGCCAAGCCAUGGAAUAGUGGUUGGUUAGACAUGGUGUUGGAUCGGCGGCUGAACCAGGACGAUGUGAGGGGGCUCACACAGGGAGUCUCUGACACCAACCGACCCCUGCUCUCCCUGCUCUUCCCCCUCCGCUCCUCCCCUCCCCUCUUCCCCUCACCCCCUUCCUCGCCCACAGAGUGGUUGGCUACAGAUGCCCGAAAAUUCCUCGGCUGGAGCAGUGGUAGCUGUAGCAGGUCCAGCAGAGGGAGGGAUGCGGCGGAUGUAGCAGUGGCAGUUGUAGCAGCCACACCCCCUCUGGUCCCAUCUAGCAGCAACAAGGUUGCGGCACCUUCCUAUUCGAGCAGCAACAGAGGUUCCAACCACACUAUCCCCUCUCCUAUUCGUGCUGCUCCUGCUGCUGCUGCUGCUGCUGCUGCUGCUGCUGCUGCUGCUGCUGCUGCUGCUGCUGCUGCUGCUGCUGCUGCUGCUGCUGCUGCUGCUGCUAGAUCUGUGGUUGAUGCAAUGGUGAUUUCUGAAGCGAGGGGCUAA